GACAAGGUUUACUGCCAUACUGCUUCUAACAUAACAGAGCAACAUUACUCAGAAAAAACAGUUUGUGGGAGCAUUUGUAAUCCACACAAUUGCCUAUGGCUACAGAAGGAUUUUUCUGAGAAAGGAAGCAUGGCAGAAAGCGCUGGAUGCCACUUUUACGUCUGGGCAAUUCUAGCCUUCCUGGGUUUAGCUCUGACUAUAUCACUGAUCUUUAACAUUUUCCACUAUGUGGAAAAGCAGCGACGAGUUGGUGACAAUCUUCUUGAGAAAGAUAAAAUAUACAUGUACUCCGAUGACUCCUUUCCCAGGGAAGAGGAGUAUGAUCUUGAAGACACACCAAUUUAUGGUAACUUAGAUAGCGUGGUCCCAGAACCAGUGGAUGAAAACUGCUAUGAACAAAUGAAAGCCCGACCAGAGAGAUCUGUGAACCAAAGGCAAGAAUACGCCCCACCUUCACAGGAAACUGAAUCACGGAUGUUCUAUGCCUCACUAGGUCGCAGCUGUGAGGGGAAGCGCAGAAAGCCCAAGAAACAGAAAACUUCUUUGUCAGACAAGGAUGAAGAUGGACAGGCACAUGCAAAGGAUAUGAGCCUUUCUAAGACUACUUUGGUGGACAGUUUCCCACCAGAAAGCGAGGCAAUAGAGGAAAACAUUCAUGAUGACCCCAUCAGGCUGUUUGGAUUGAUCCGUGCACAGAAAGAAACUGAAAACUAGCUGGACUAGGAUCUAGCUCGUGAUCCGGCUCCUACUGGACGUGAUUGUUAAAGAAAUGAAGAUCCCGUAUGACACAGCAUGAUUUCUCAGCGUGAUGAUCUGAUUGUCUAUUGUUGGUGGGACAGUGGCUUAUCUUUUAUACAGAGCUUAUGUUAUGCACACCAAAUGGAAUACCAUACAAAUUAGUUAUUUAAAGUAGUUAUUUGAAUUUACUUUGAAAAAUACCUAUGCAGUCAAAUGUAAAUGAAAUCAAGUUUGCAAA